CUAUGUGACUUAUCUAACGCUUGUGCGCCAAGUUCGUUCUGUUUACUCUGAAUAACAGUGAUGGCGGAAGGUGGUAAGGUCAGCGUUGAUGAUGGGAAAUCUACAGACGCUGCAGAGGAACGUCAAGUCAGAUCUGGUGACUUAAAAGUGAAUUUAGCUGAUGAUAUUCAGGCAGACGUUCCGGCCGUUUUACCGUCAGAUGGUACAUCGCAAUUUGACGAUGCAACCUUAAAAGCGAUGACGGAGGUGUACUUGGAAGAAGGUGACAACGAGUACAGCAAAGGAGAAACCAACAAUGCAGUACACUUUUACUCGGAGGGACUGCAAGUGAACUGCAAAGAUGUCAAACUAAACGCCAAACUCUGUAGCAACAGAGCAGCGGCUCAGCUCCUUCUGGGAAAUUUUCAAGAAGCUUUGGAUGAUGCUACAUUGUCUGCUCAAUUAGCACCAACUUUCAUUGAAGCAAUAGAAAUCGGGGCCAGUGCAUGUGUACAGCAACACAUGUAUCAAGAAGCUAUAACUUGGUGUCAGAAAGGAUUGGCAAUUAACAACAACAAUAAGAAGUUACUUGAUUUGUGGACCGAGUGUUAUAAACAACUAACUGGCAUAGAUGAAACGAGAAUUAAUCAGGAAAUUAACACUAACCGUGACAACACCAAAGCGAAAAUCGAGGAUAUACAAAUCAACGAUCAGCUACCUCAAGCAGCUGUCCAAAAGAUCCUCCACUAUGCGAACAUUUUGCAUUUUUCUAUUGAAGUGGGGGACAAAGCUGGAGAGGGGGGGAGUUCCUGCAGUCUCGGCAAUGCUUAUUACAGCCUAGGUGAUUUCAAAAGAGCCAUCCAGUAUUAUGAACGUCAUCUAAAAAUUGCCAAAGAAUUGGGAGCCAAGGCCGAAGAGGGAAAGAGUUACUGCAAUCUCGGCAAUGCUUAUCAUAGCCUAGGAGAUUUCGAAAGAGCCAUCCAGUAUCAUGAACGUCAUCUAAAAAUUGCCAAAGAAGUGGGAGACAAGGCUGGAGAGGGUAAGAGCUACAGCAAUCUUGGCAUUGCUUAUCGUACCCAAGGUAAUUUCGAAAAGGCUAUCCAGCAUCAUGAACGUCAUUUAACAAUUUCCAAAGAAGUGGGAGACAAGGCUGGAGAGGGAAGCAGUUACGGGAAUCUCGGCAGUGCUUAUCAUAGCCAAGGAGAUUUCAAAAGAGCCAUCCAGUAUCAUAAAUGUCAUCUAACAAUUGCCAAAGAAGUGGGAGACAAGCCUGGUGAAGGAAGGAGUUACGGGAAUCUCGGCAAUGCCUAUGAUAGGCUAGGAGACCUCGAAACAGCCAUCCGGUAUCAUGAACGUUCUCUAAAAAUUGCCAAGGAACUGAGAGACAAGGCUGGAGAGGGAAAGAGUUACUGCAAUCUCGGCAAUGCUUAUCAUAGCCUGGGAGAUUUCGAAAGGGCCAUCCAGUAUCAUGAACGUGACCUAAAAAUUGCCAAAGAAGUGGGAGACAAGGCUGGAGAGGGAAGUAGUUACGGGAAUCUUGGCAAUGCUUAUGAUUGCCUAGGAGACUUCGAAAGAGCCAUCCAG